AUGACUGUCGCCGACGUCUUUGCCGUGCAUACAACUGAGCAAUUUCUCCAUUGGAAACGUUCCUUCGACCCCACACUUGCCGUAUGGCAGCGUGCACCUCGACAACUGAUUCAGGGCAUUGCAAAAGGCACAUUCAAGUUGCAACCCUUCUUUCUCCCUCUGUGUGUUCCUUCUUCCGCUGUCUCUUUUUCACCAUCCAGUCCUUCAUUGCAACCAUUUGUUGAUCACCUCACAACUGACAACAACCUUGCAAUGACUUCCACUGGCUGUAGAUCCAAAUCGUUUCAGCAGGCAUGCUCUUCUGCUUCCGUCGUUCCUCAACGAUUGGCUGCCAUAGCAUCUCCCCGAUGGUCGUUUUUCUGGUCUUUGUCCCUGACCAUGAUCCAAAGAAAUGUCGUAUAUCGAUUCAUCAACAAUUGCAUUCCCCAUCAGUCCCUAUUGAAUCUGAGGUUCCCCACUGUUUACUUGUCCCCCUUGUGCUUUGUAUGUUCCUCAGUUGAAGAUUCCACUGACCACUUCCUUUUUGAAUGCCCACCCAAGGCAGCGGUCUGGCAGGGUAUUAUCUCUGAGUUCCUCUAG